CUUCAAUUAUAAAAAAUAAAAAAAUAUUUUCUAUCAAAUCUGAAUGGAAAUCCUUUCUUUGUAUGAAUUUCUUCCAUUUCAAACUCGGAUUUCAAUUUUUUUUUUCCAUCCAAACUGCUUGAGAAAUUUGCCCAUUUUUGGAAAACAAAUUCGAGCACUGUUUUCGAAUGGGCACAACCCAGACGGGUUAAGCCCAAACCAGUACCGGCAAAAAACCCAUUUUCCAGUGAAAAAAUGUCACAAUCGUGCCAUAUGACGGCUAUGGUGGUUUGUAAGCCGGCAUUUGGGAUUGUUUCCAAAGUAGCGUUUCAAUUCUUUAGCAGGUAGCCACCCAAAAUUCGAAUUCCCCAUCAUCUAUUAUCAGAUUCUCUCUGGGUUUCUUUCAUUUUCCUUCAUUGUUUAUUUGUUUCUGGUAGUUGGUGGACGUGUUUGAUUGCUAAAUUUUCAUGAAACUAACAAGAAUUUAGAGGACCCAUUUUCUGGGUUUAAAAUUGUUUCAUUUGCCCCAUUUCUUCUUUUGAGUGUUCCAGGAAAUUGAUUGAUGUGUUUGGAUGCAGUGUUUCCAAGGAAGAUAGAGAAAAUGGUUAAGGAUAGCAACGGUUGCAUCACUCGUCUUCUCUUUUGUGGGCCAAAUUUUCCUGCUUCAAAUAAAUACACUAGAGAAUAUUUACAAAACUACCCAUUUAUCCAGGUGGAUGAUUCUUCCUUUGAAGAUGUGCCUGAUGUUAUUGCUGACUAUGAUAUGUGUAUAGUAAAAAGCAUGCGGCUAGAUUCAAAUAUUAUUUCUCGUGCAAAUAAGAUGAAGCUUAUAAUGCAGUUUGGUGUUGGGCUAGAAGGUGUUGACAUCAAUGCUGCUACAAAAUGUGGAAUUAAAGUCGCUAGAAUCGCGAGUGGUGAAACUGGUAAUGCUGCCUCAUGUGCAGAAAUGGCCAUAUAUCUGAUGCUGGGACUUCUCCGGAAGCAAAAAGAGAUGCAGAUUUCUUUAAAACAGAAAAUAGUUGGAGAGCCUAUUGGUGAUACACUAUUUGGAAAAACUGUAUUCAUUAUGGGGUUUGGAAAUAUUGGGAUUGAUUUGGCAAAGCGCUUGCGACCAUUUGGUGUAAGAAUUCUUGCUACAAAACGGAGUUGGGCCUCUCAGUCUCUAAAUUCUAGCCAAUCAAAUGGGUUUCCCACUCCAAAUGAUAAUGCUGAUGAAUUGGUUGAUGAGAAGGGUGGUCAUGAAGCUAUCUAUGACUUUGCAAGCAGUGCUGACAUAGUUGUUUGCUGCUUGAGAUUGAAUAGUGAAACAGCUGCCAUAAUAGACAAGAAAUUCAUAUCUUCAAUGAGGAAGGGUGGCCUUUUGAUAAAUAUUGCCCGAGGGGGUCUCAUGGACUAUGAGGCUGUUGCUUAUCACCUUGAAUCUGGUCACUUGGGAGGCCUGGGGACUGAUGUUACUUGGACUGAGCCAUUUAAUCCUGAUGACCAAAUUUUGAAGUUCCAGAAUGUCAUAGUCACACCACAUGUUGCAGGGGUUACAGAACAUUCUUAUAGAUCCAUGGCCAAGGUUGUAGGUGAUAUUGCCCUCCAACUUCAUGCUGGGGCUCCUCUGACAGGAUUAGAGUUCGUCAACUGAACCGGUUUAGAAAAUUGGUCAAUUCACUGAAAUUAUUUGAUUCAGAUGCCCAUUUCCUUAUUCAAAAAGUUGAGUAGAUCCUUGUGAUAUUAAAGACUUUAUGUUAGUUUAAAAUUAAUGGAUUUUCACAGGUGAGAAAGAAAUUGGUCACAGGCUGCUCCAUUGCUGUUGUGUUAUGUGCUGAAAUGCAAUUUGAUGGCAGGGAUUAAGCCAAAAACCAGGAAAAUUAAAAAAAGCCAAAACCCAGACUGGUAAGCAGGGAUUAAGCUUAGAAUUAUUGUAAGAACUAUGUGCUGAAAUGCAAUUUGAUGGCUCAAUUUGAUCGGUUGAUAAUCGAUUUUAGAAUCCUGUAGGGCGCUCCUGCUGUUAAUUUGAAAUUUGAAUGACUACCCUAUUUACUUCGA